CAGCUGAAUCACACAUUUUUCACAAUGCGUUUGCCAGUGGUCACUGCCGUGGCUGCGUGGGCAGUUACGUCGGCCUGUCAGAGCCUGCCUGUGACUCGGAAUAUUUGGGCUCGCGAUGUCGACUAUAAGGCGCUCAGCGAGAAGCUUUCCAGCUCCGCUCAGGUUUACUACCCUGGCUCGGAUGAGUUUGAGGAGGCUUCCACUCGGUGGUCUAACUUGGAGCCACCUACCGUGAAUAUCGUUGUCGUUCCCGGCACUGAGAAUGAUGUCGUUGAGACGGUGAAAUUCGCCCAGAAGAAGGAAUUGCCUUUCCUGGCUUACAAUGGCGCCCAUGGAGCAAUCACCACUCUAGGCAAGAUGACCAGUGGUAUUGAGAUCUACCUGGACCAGCUCAGCGGGGUCCACAUCGCCGAGGAUGGCAACACCGUUACCAUUGCUGGUGGGACCAAGUCUAAGCUGGUGACUGACACGCUGUGGCAAGCUGGGAAGCAGACCGUCACUGGUGCGUGCGAAUGUGUCAGCUACCUCGGCCCGGCCUUGGGUGGUGGCCACGGCUGGCUGCAGGGCCGCCACGGGCUGAUUGCUGACCAGUUCGAGUCGAUGAACAUCGUGCUGGCCAACGGCACUCUGGUCACUCUGGACUCCAGCUCCGAGCUCUGGUGGGCCGUGAAGGGUGCCGGUCACAACUUCGGCAUCGUCAUCUCUGUUACCUCGAAGAUCUUCGACAUUGAGCACAGGGAUUGGGCCAUUGAGAUCAUCACCUUCAGCGGCGACAAGGUCGAGGAGAUCUAUGAAGCUGUAAACAACUAUCUGCUCAAGAACGGCACCCAGCCUACCGAUGUCAUUAACUGGUCGUACUGGGUGAACAACCCCGAUGCUGAUGCUAGCAACCCCGUCAUCCAAGUGAUAAUCAUCCAAGAAGGCGUCAAGGCGGUUGACUCCACCUACACUGCUCCCUUCCACUCUAUGGGCCCCAUUUCCAUCGAGCCCCAGAGCGGCAGCUACACUGACCUGGCCGAAUGGGUCGGUAUCACCACGACGUCCGGACCAUGCCAGAAGAACGGAGCCAUGAACCCGCGGUUCCCCAACUAUCUCGAGACCUACAACGUGACCGCGCAGAAGAAAGCCUACGAGGUCUUCGCCGCGGGGGUCCGCGGCGCUUCCGUCUUCAACAACUCCCUGGUCACGUUCGAUGGAUACUCCACAGGAGGCGUGAAGUUCAUCGACGCGGACAGCACCGCGUUCCCUUACCGUGACCAGAAUGUCCUUGUCGGGCCCUUGAUCGCCUACAUGCCGGACGGUGCCGACUUAGAUGAGAAGGCCGCCCAGCUGGGGAAGCAGAUCCGACAGAUUCUGCACGAGGGGACUGGGCGCGAGCAUGUGCGUGCGUAUGUUAACUAUGCGUAUGGUGACGAGGGCUCUGAGGGGUGGUAUGGUAGUGAGAGCUGGCGACAGAGCCGGUUGCUGAGCUUGAAGAAGAAGUAUGAUCCUAAUGGGAUGUUCAGCUACUAUGCGCCAGUUGCUUAG